GAAUUAUGUAUUUCAAGAUUACUUGUGGUACAAAAUUACGAUAAAAUUCGAUACGAAAUAACUUAAACGAAUAAACUUAUUAAUCGAAUAAGCUUUUUUAUUUGGUAAAUUCAUUUAUGUAAGUUUGCUUUUGCCUCUCGCGAGUGUUGCUAAGCUGACGCAAACCUUUUAUUGUCCUUAUGCCUUAUUGCAAUGUUGGACUGUUCACAACCACAAAAUUCAACCAUCCAACACAUUGCGCACCACCUCCAAUUUGGAACAAACUUGGGACAGAAUUCAGGGCGUGAGCGUCACAUGAGAGAAAAAUAAAACAUAUAUGCAGACAAUUAAUGCUAAAACAAACUUAAACGACAUAAUCCGAUAAAAGCCAAGGUUUCUAAAAGAAAAUAUCUCCAACCCUUCAAAGUUUACUAAAUUUAGAAAUUAGCAAUACAUUCUUCGAUCAACCCAUAUCCUUUUUUAUUAGAUCAGCAAUUCAGAAAGCUGUGCUUUGAAAUGCUAUAUAAUGGAAGAAGAAGAGUAUUUCGACGCCACCCCAAGCCAGAAGCAAUGAAAAUCCAAUACCAUACCCUUAACCUAUCACCAAACCAAUGUGUUUCAAGCCUAACUCAAACCAUCGAUGCACCACUUCCUCUAUUAUGGUCCAUAAUCCGCCGCUUCGACAACCCACAAGCCUACAAGCAAUUCGUGAAGAGUUGCACUUUGAGUGUCGGCAACGGUGGCAUCGGUAGCAUACGUGAAGUGAUGGUUGUGUCAGGGUUGCCGGCGGCCACGAGCAGGAAGAGGCUAGCUGAAUUUGAUGAUGACUUGCAUGUUAUGAUAGUUAGCAUUAUCGGAGGUGAUCAUCGGCUUGUUAAUUACCGUUCUACUACUACUUUGCAUGAAAUAAGUGAAGAAGGAAAUGAUGGGAAAACGGUGGUUGUAGAGUCGUACGUGGUGGAUGUUCCAGCGGGGAAUAGCAAGGAGGAUACCUGCUCUUUUGCUGAUAUGAUAAUCGGGUGCAACCUUAGAUCAUUAGCUAGGGCAACGGAAAAGAUGGCCAAGGUUUAG